GCUUUGGCCUAAGCCCUUCUAACAAAGCAAUUUAAGCAACAGCCAUCAAAACAGAAGCCGAAUCAGGGUUAUAUGGGUAGACCGUGAAUUGGUAUACAUGGCCACGUCUUUCACGCAUUAAUUUUUCGCAAUAGCUUCUCAAACGCCAUUUCCCCUGCACUCACUUAAACGUACGGUUCACGCACUUCAAGCAAAAAAGCUAAUUAUUCCAACUUCGAGCGGGAGUUGCAUUAGCGAGGCACAAGCGUGAGACCACUUUCGUAAACUCCUGCAGAGUUCCUGCGCAUGAGUUCAAGGCCAUCGCCGAAGGCAAAAUCGUCAGCCAUUGCAUCAGCGCCCGCACAGCCUUCCGCGUUGCUCCACGCGGCACCUUACAUUGUUGGCGAGACCCAAGCACUGCAGAGGACGACCCGAACUACCUCGGUAAACGCCGCUUCAGAAAACAGCGACACGCGGAAACAAGAGCAUGGAACGACGACCGAGCCGAUGACAGGCCUCCUGUUCAAGGAGUCGGAGUCUAAUGGUGACGAGGAUGGCUCGGAAGAGAAAAUCCACCUGUGCGAUCUCGCCUUCUUCACGUACUGCCCGAGAAUCCAGCACCAGUUUUACUUCAACCGCAUAACAAACUCGUGCGCGCGGGCGACCACGGCGUACGGCGUGGAGGUUUGCAACCGCGGCGCCAACAGGUUCUCUUCCCGGGCGAGCUGCAAGAGGAGCUGCGUUGACGGCCAUCAACCGUCGGGAAGAUGCCAGGACACGCCGGUGUUCUCUCAGUGUGGAAGCGCCGACCUGAAGAGGCGCCUGUGGUUCUUCGAAGGCGAGGCCUGCCGACCCUGGGACUUCCCGUCGGGCAAGUGCCCCAUGGCGGACGGGGACCUGUUCGGAAGCCACGGGGCGUGCGUCCGCAAGUGCGCCACCAACCAGACGUACGUUCCACUCUGCCGCACUCCCCCGUCGGGCGUCUGCGCCAGCCACCGCCUCAAGUACCCCUACUUCGCCGUCCAAGCGCCGGGCGAAACGAAGAUGCGCUGCCUCCGAACGUCGGGACUGAGCCUGCGCAAGCGCCUCUGCCUGACCGGCACCAACAGGUUUCCUUCACUGGCCUCGUGCAAGCGCGCCUGCGCAAGCCGCACAAGCUUCGAGAGUCGCGACUAG